GACGCUGCGCGCCGCGCUGCUGCGCGCACCAUGACCACCCUCGGAAGACGGAUGCGGCUCGGUUGCUGGUCAAUCAGGCUUAUAAUGUUUUCUUCGCGUUUUUAUCAGCUGUGGUUUUAAGACAAAAGUUUUACAAGAAGCUCAAACAAUGGCCCGAAUCUAAAUAGACCCACCGCUUCACUGAGGCUGGCUGUUAGCCAUGAACGAGGAUGAGCUAAACAUGACUCAAAAGGAGCAUUUUCCAUUUGAAGAUGAACAUUUCGACUGCUGUAUUGAGGAGAACCUCUGGACAUUGAAUGACAGCACAAAGCUGGUUGGAGUUCAAGUUGUCCUCAUCCUCUCUUACAGCACAAUCAUCUUAUUUGGAGUCACUGGAAACUCCUUGGUGAUUUAUGCUGUCUAUAAAUUCAAAAACCUACGCACAGUGACCAACUUCUUCAUAGUGAACUUAGCUGUGGCUGACCUGCUGGUGAACACGCUGUGUUUGCCUUUCACUCUUGUCUACCUUCUCUAUGACGAUUGGAUGUUCGGUCAGGUGUUAUGCUUCCUGCUGCCUUUCGCUCAAGGCAUGGCUGUACACGUCUCCACCAUCACUCUGAACAUCAUCGCUCUGGACCGCCACAGGAGCAUCGUCCACCACAUGGAGACCAAGAUGUCCAGAGACAUGUGUGCCGUGGUCAUCGUCAUCACAUGGGCCCUCAGCGCCUUACUGGCUAGCCCGCUUGCCAUUUUCAGGGAGUUUGGGUCCUUUAACAUUUCCACCGAAGAGACCCUGCAGGUGUGCACGGAGAAGUGGCCAGAGAGCAGCAUGAAUGGAAAAAUCUACAGCUUCUCCAUGCUGGUGGUCCAGGUUGUCAUACCGCUGCUCAUCAAUUCUGUUGCAUACAUCCGCAUAUGGAACAAACUGAAGAAGCACAUGAUAUGCGGCCGCAAUGACAACCAGCGAAGGAAGAAGACCACCAAGAUGAUGCUGACCAUGGUGGUGGUCUUUGCUGUGAGCUGGCUGCCCUUCCACGCAUUCCAACUGGCUAUAGACAUUGACAACAGUGUGCUGAAUAUGAAAGACUUUAAGCUGGUUUUCACCGUGUUCCACAUCAUGGCCAUGUGCUCGACCUGCGUCAAUCCCAUCCUGUACGGGUGGAUGAACAACAACUACAGGACGGCCUUUUUGUCUGUGGUCAAAUGUUACCCGCCCCUUGGUGUCAGAUAUAGAUCCUCCAAAAACAGAGAGAAAGAAAAAGAUGACGAUAGGGACUGCACUGACUUCAGGUCAACAAACCUCUGAGAACAGGGGGGAGUAUUUAUUUGUCGACUCAAAACGCACAGUCCCUCGUAACGUUUUUGUUUUUUUUUGUCACUUUUACACAUUUGUCAUGCUACAGUCAGAAGCUUCUGUAUUUUUAUUUGGGAUAGAUCAAGGCAAAGAGAUGCACAAUAAGGAAGUAAACAGUCAAAUUUCUUACAAAUCAUAUUCUGUAAAGCGUGUGUUUGUACUGAGCCUCCAAACUUCUGAGGCCUCUAAAAAAAUCCAGUGGAGCCAAAAGGUAACAGGAGUCAUGGUGUUGGUUUAUUUCAGCGUGAAUAGAGCUGCAUCUCACAGAGCACUGUUCAUUCUAAAAUGCGCAAAAAUAUGGCAUAGCUGCACACUUUCCAGAACAUCAUAAUCUACCUAAUCAGAGGCUGGGCAAGGAAACAAAGAUUCAAAGACGCAACGAAGAGGCCCAUGGUAUCUCUGGAGGAGCUGCAGAGAUCCACGUCUCACAUUGGAGUAUGUGUUGCUAUGGCAACUAUUAGUUGUGCAUUUCAAAGAUGUAGCUGUACUGAAUGUGGCAAGAAAAUAGUGUUAAAAGAAAGCCAAGGUGGAAGAAGCUGCUGUGGUCAAAAUAAGAGCAAACUGUGAAUUUUGUGGCUUGUAUAACUGAACAUCAUCUUAAACACAUAGUGAUACAUGAUGGUGGCAGCAUCAUCCUGUCCGGAGACGGGAUAGAACUGGUUUAACUGGAAAACUAAUGAGCACCGUGAAAAUGAUGUAUCACUUUCCUUCUGUAAAAUUACUAUCUUUGACGUGACAUGAAAUUCUGUAAGUUUGUGGUUAUAACAUGACAAACUGUGGAGAAGUUCAAAGGGUGUGAAAACAUUCAGGGCACUGUAAGUGUGUCAUUAUGUUACAAUGAAAACUGGUUCAAAAUGCUUUUAAUGUUUAAGAUGAAAUUUUGCAUGAAUUUAUCGUAACCAUUAAUGAUAGGACAAAAUGAGUCUUUUGUUUUUAGGUAAAACUAUUGUUUAUGUGGACCGUCUGCAGUUAUGUUUGGAUGCAUAUUGUGGGAUCGUUGAUGCUGUCUGAGGUUUUCUAGUAGGUAUUAGGCUGAGUUCACACAUCUGGAAAAUGCAACCAAACUCCACCUUUCUUACUGCAGUCGGAAUUUGGCUCUUUUCACCCAAAAAAUAAAAAUCCCAUUGGUGCCUUUUCCGUAUGUGGUACGAAAUUUUACACAGAUCUGAUAGUUUUCAAAGCGUCUGCAGUCUGAACGGCCAUGCUGCAUUUUAGCCCACUUUCACGCCGUUGAUGUGAAACAUGUCCCAUAUACGGUAAAUCCAGACAUAAACAAUGGCUGAACAUGAUAAUUAUGAAAUUAUUAAGGAAGUCUGUUAGUGAAGCACAUCGACCCAAUCCCACCACUCCUGGAUCUGACAGCCAAACAGACUCCUCUACAGAUAACUCUCCUCUGAAGGCCGUUGUUACUGGUUCUGCUUUCUUUUUGUCAUCUUCCUUCGUCUUGUGUGAUCUUAUCUGCUGUCUCCCAUUGCUCUCAUAGUUGUAGUAUUUAAUUGAAAAGAAAAAACUAAAUCAAAUUUCAGCAGAAAAAUUGGAAUUGAACAUGGAGACCGACUGUGUGAACAUAGCCUUAUUGCAAAAAAUCUUACAUUAUAUUUGUGUUUUUCUUUCAAGGAGGAUUUUAAGUUUGUAAUCUUUCAAGGUGAUGUGGACUACAGUUUAAAACGACUGCAGUUUUAAACUGCUCUAUUCUCUAACAGAAGAAUAGAGUUCUUUUUGGAGAACUCUAUUUCUCCAAAAAGAAAUAGAGUUUUGUUUUUGGAGAGAAACUGCCUUUUUACUUUACUUCUUCAGACCUCUUGAUCAUGUAAGGAGAACGUUUAAAAUGCAUAAAGACAGAAUUUGACCGACCAAAUACUUCAGUUUAGUAGAUGGGCUCCUGAAGGACGAUCAUUCAGUCUGUACCGAUGCUAUUUCCCAAAGAUAUGACCUCCUGUUCAUGUGCUGUUGAUAGAUUGUAUAGCCUGGCAUGUUCCUUUGAGUACAAAUUGCAGAGCACAAUUUCAUCGGGUACAAGCAUUGGACAGAAAAGAAAAGCUGCAAGGUAAAAA